CCUCCUCCAGUCCAAACCAAAUCCGCUUUCCCCCAAACUCAGACCGCGCGUCCUGCUCGCUUUCAGCUUUUUUUUUAUUAUUUAUUUUGCUCCUUUCCAGGGAGGGUCGGUGUUUUUUCUCCGCCGCUGUUUUUUUGGUUUUCUCGGGGAAGUGCAGCUUUCUAACUCCACCGAGCCUUCUCAAAUGUAUAAAAUGGAGUAUUCUUACCUAAAUUCCUCUGCCUACGAGUCAUGUAUGGCCGGAAUGGACACGUCGAGCUUGGCAUCGGCCUAUGCGGACUUCAGCUCGUGCAGCCAGGCCAGUGGUUUCCAGUACAAUCCCAUCAGGACCACGUUCGGGGCCACCUCCGGCUGCCCGUCCCUCACGCCGGGGUCCUGCAGCCUGGGGACCCUGCGGGACCACCAGAGCAGCCCGUAUGCCGCAGUUCCAUACAAACUGUUCACGGACCACGGAGGACUGAACGAGAAGCGGAAGCAGAGGCGCAUCCGGACCACGUUCACCAGCGCCCAGCUGAAGGAGCUGGAGCGGGUGUUCGCGGAGACACACUACCCGGACAUCUACACCCGAGAGGAGCUCGCUCUCAAAAUCGACCUGACUGAAGCCAGAGUGCAGGUGUGGUUCCAGAACCGACGCGCCAAGUUCCGCAAGCAGGAGCGGGCAGCUGCAGCGGCCGCAGCGGCAGCCAAGAACAAUUCUGGGAAGAAGUCCGACCCCAGAGACGAAGACAGCAAAGACAACAAAUCCACCGACCCGGACAGCACAGGAGGCCCCGGCCCGAACCCGCUGCCCACCUCCAACUGCGGCGGACCGAGCCCCACCGGCGUGCAGGUCAACAACAACGGGAACGGACAGGUGGACCAAGUGAAGACCUCCGUGUCCAGCGGCAUGGGGGUGACAGCACCGAGCCAAGGCUGGUCCACCGCUCCGGGGACCAUCACCUCCAUCCCGGACUCACUGGGCGGCCCGUUCGCCAGCGUACUGUCGUCUUUGCAAAGACAGAACGGAGCCAAAGCGACAUUAGUAAAGACCGGCAUGUUCUAA